AUGUUGGAUCAACAGCAUCAAGAGGCACAGGAGCAGAUCGGAGGGGCUCGGGCAUUAUUGGAAUUGGGUACCAAGCAGAAGGAAGGCGCAGACCAAAACAAUGACCCGGACCAGCAAUCCAAGCAUGACGACGACGACGACACGUUGGAUCGGUCGCGGAAGCGCGCGUUUGCCAACGAGGACGACAUGUCGCAGCUCGAGUUCCAGCAGUGGACCACUGGGUUUCUUGCGGACGAUUUAGAAGGCCACGAGGGCGACCAGGACGCGGACGGUUACCAUUUCGGGAACCAGUCGGGACUUGGGAUUCCUUCGUUGAGCCAGAACAGCUCCAAGCGACCAAAGAAGACCCCUAAAAAGGACGGCCCUGGUCCGCGAAACGGGGCUUCGGGAAAUGGAAGACUCAAGAACAUCAACGUUGAUCCCGAACUUGCCAACUUAGACACCUCUUCGUUUGUGCAGGACGCGAUGAUCGAUGCGCGUACGCUAGCCAGUCUCGGGUCGAUCGACCACGAGUAUCUGCGCCAGGCCGCAGAGAGUGCGCACGAGGGCACGGCAGAGGACGAGGUCCAGCAUCUGGCAGUUCAGGCCGUGAACCAGGCCGUUGCAGCCGCACAGGCCCAGGCUGCAGCAGUGAUGGAGAAAAACGACGCACAAAACAACAGCAUACAGGGCUCCGACAGAAGAAAGCAUCUACCCACUCCACCGCUCCAGUCAGACUCCCAGCAGGAUCGCUCUGGAGGCUCUCGCGAGCUGUCUCCCUCUGGUCACGUGUACAGUGCUCCGAAUGCAGAAACGGCAGCUCUUGUUGCCGAGGCCGCGGAGAAGGCGCGCAGCUACGUGACGGUGCACCCGCAAGGCCGGUCGUUCUCGAAGGAGGAGUCGAACGCCAUCGAUCUGUUUAUCACCGAGUACCGCAACAUCAACAACAUGACUCGGGAGGAGAUAUGUAAGCGGAUCUGGUCGAACGAGCGCAAGAAGGACGAUUUUUGGGAGUCGUUGCAGAAAGUGCUUCCUGAGCGGACGAGGGCCUCGCUGUACAAGCACGUUCGCAGAACGUACCAUAUCUUCAACGUCCGUGGCAAGUGGACGCCUGAGGACGACGAGAAGCUUGCUUCUUUGGCCUCCAAGAUGGAGGGCCAGUGGAAGCAGAUUGGCCUGGAGAUGAACAGAAUGCCCGAGGACUGCAGAGACAGAUGGAGGAACUACGUCAAGUGUGGCAACAACCGUCUGAGACACAAGUGGUCGCUGGAGGAAGAGGACAAGCUACGGACGGUGAUCCACACGAUGCUGCGGGAGCAGACUGCCAACUCGAGUGCGAUCGACGUGGAGCCGGUGAUCAACUGGACGCUGGUGAGCGAGCGCAUGGGCGGCACACGGUCGCGGAUCCAGUGCAGAUACAAGUGGAACAAGCUUGUGAAGCGCGAGGCGGGCAACCGUGCUCGGAGCGUUGAUCUGGAGACGAGGAAUUGGCUUCUUGCGCGUCUACGGGAGAUCUGGAACCGGGAGGGGACCGAGUCGAUCGAUUGGGACACUCUGGCGUCGUUGCAUCCAACCAACAUUUGGACGGGGGCAGAUUUCAAAAAGUGUUUUGAAAAGAUGAAGUCUACCGUCAGUGGGUACAGAAAGAAGAGUUUUAUUGAGAUUGUGGAUAUUUUGCUACAGGACAACACAGACACCUUCUUUGACUCCGAAGACAAGAGUCCGGAGAAGAAGAAAGACGAGGCCAAACCAGACGCAAAGAAACCAGACACAGAGGUGUCUCUUUCGGAGUUACAGGACCUGGUGAAAAGAGAGGUGGAAGCCAUUGAGUUCCGUUGA